UAUGGGCUAUUAUUUUUUUUUCUCUCGCCUUCCCUCCUUCCCCGUAUAUUUCUCAAAUACUCUUUAGUCAUCAUCUGUCCAGGUCUUAAAUGGGAGCAAACCCAACAUGAUAAAAGCCUAAUCACCCCCUUUUCGUCGUUGGACUUUGUGCCCCACGUUUUCACCUGCAGAUCCCGCGGCUACCAUGAGCUCGGCCGACAUCUCUUCCUCCCGGGUCUCCGCUGUGGGUCUCUGCAGCCAGGCUCGAGCAGGGGUGUCGGGAGAGAUCUCUGGGGUGUCAUUCUGCCUGGAGGCAGGGUCUGGACAAAACGCUUCUCAGAGUCCCUUCCCACCUCGGACCCGUGGCCUCCCCGCUGCACCCAGCCCCUGCCAACAGUGAACUAACUGGCGGAGCUGAUGACCCACCCGCCCAGCCCUGCCCACAGUGGGGGAGCGAGUGGGGAGCGUGACAACAGUCUGGCAGGGAGAGCGCCGGGGGCGGGAAUCCGGAGCGCACGCUGGCGGCUGAGCGGGAGCCAGUGAUCCUUCUGCCCCGGGGGACUUGCACCGCCAGCAGCAGCAGCCAGCUCCGAGAGGAAAGCUGCCGGCACCCACCUGGAGAGCCCAGUGGUCACGGCUGCUUCUGCCCAGAAGGUCCCCAGUGGUGCCGGGCACUAGAUUGGGGGUGUGUGUGCAGGAAGGACAACUUCGCCUUUGAGCCGAAGCGGUGUUGGAAGGAGGCAGCUCGUCUCCAGGGAUUGCCCAACCGCUGCACCUUUGGGAAAGUGAGCCGGCACGUCCCGUCCAGCCUGGGCCUCUGCUCCCGCCGCGUCCUGCCUGGCUCCUUCAGCACCAGCCUCGUCCUGCUUUCCCUGCUCCUCCUCGAUCAAGGCGCCCCGGCGGCAGCGGCCUGGAGCCCGGGGCCCAGACAGAGCUUCGAGGAAGGCGUCCUGCCCCUGGGGCUAGCAGGGCCUGGACCUGGGCCUCAGACAUUGCCGGGACAGACCUUGAGUUUGCGUGGAAGCAUUUGCUGCCUCGACUUGCCACCACUUCCAAAGGCUCGGGGGGAUGCUGGGGUUCUGUGGAGGAAGGCCAAACCCACAUAUGUUGAAGCAAGAGCGGAACCAAAGGCCGUCCAGCAUGGUCAGUGAGACGUCCACGGCGGGGACCAGCUCCACGCUGGAGGCGAAGCCCGGCCCGAAGAUCAAGCCCAGCAAUAAAGUCCACAGCUUUGGGAAGAGGGACCAGGCCAUUCGGAGGAACCUCAAUAUUCCAGUGGUGAUGAGGGGCUGGCUACACAAGCAGGACAGUUCUGGCAUGAGGCUGUGGAAAAGGCGGUGGUUUGUGCUGACUGAUUACUGCUUGUUUUAUUAUAAAGACAGCCGAGAAGAAGCCGUCCUCGGGAGCAUCCCUCUGCCCAGCUACGUGGUCUCUCCCGUGACCCCCGAGGAUCGCAUCAGCCGCAAGUAUUCCUUUAAGGCCGUGCACACAGGGAUGAGAGCACUCCUCUCCAACAGUGGCGUGGGGGGCUCCCCAGCCGAGCAGUCGGGCAUGAGGACCUACUACUUCAGCGCCGACACUCUUGAGGACAUGAACGCCUGGGUCCGGGCCAUGAACCAGGCCGCACAGGUGCUGUCUCGAGCGUCGCUCAAGAGGGAGAAGGUGGAGCGCCAGGCGGUGCCCCAGACCAACCACGCCGAGUCCUGCCCCGAGUGUGGCCGCGUGGGGCCUGGCCACUCGAGGGACUGUCCUCACCGCAACCCCGAGGAUUCCUUCGGCUUCGAGAGGCGGGAGCACGAGGAGGAGCGGCGCUACCGCCCGCAGAGGGACUUGCCCGAGGGCAAGCGGGACAGGAGCAGGGCCCGGCCCCUGUACUCCCCCGUGGAGGACGACGCCCCAUUGGCCGAUUUCACCGGCGGCCUGCGAGGCCAGCAGCCCCAGCCGCAGAGGGCAGAGAGGAACGGGCUGCCCCCCGGCACGUACGGCCCGGGAGAGGUCAACGGGACGGCUGGCUACCAGCGGGCCUUUGCUCCCAGAGCCCAUCCCGAGAAGCACGGCCAGAGGAAGAGCAGCCUGGCCCAGGUGGAGCAGUGGGCCAAGGCCCAGAAGGGGGACAUCCGGAGCCUGCCCCUGGACCAGACGCUCCCCCGCCAGGGCCCCGGCCAGCCCCCGGCCUUCCCCGACAGCUACCAGACUCUCCCCAGAAGCAGCCGGCACCCCUCGGGGAGCUCGUCGCCCCCGCCCCGUAACCUGCCCAGCGACUACAAGUACGCGCAGGACCGGGCCAGCCACCUGAAGAUGUCCAGCGAGGAGCGCCGGGCGCACCGGGACGGCACCGUGUGGCAGCUCUAUGAGUGGCAGCAGCGCCAGCAGUUCCGGCACGGCAGCCCCACGGCACCCAUGGGCGCCGGCUCCCCGGAGUUCUCCGAGCAGGGCCGGAGCAGGAGCCUGCUGGAGGUGCCCCGCUCCAUCUCCGUGCCGCCGUCGCCCUCCGACCUGCCGCCCCCCGGCCCGCCCCGGGUCCCCCCAGCCCGGCGGCCGCACACGCCCGCCGAGAGGGUCACCGUGAAGCCGCUGGAGCAGAGGAUGAGCGUGGACAGCUCCCUGGGGGACUCGCCCAGGAAGGCCCGGGGCCAGGGCACCAAGAACUCCCUGCACGUGGACCGCCGCUCCAUGCCUUCCAUGGGGUACAUGACCCACACCGUCAGCGCGCCCAGUUUACACGGCAAGUCGCUGGAGGAGCUCUCCCUGCUUCUCGGCCGGCUGCGGCGGCACCAGGCCAAGCUGGCCAGCGCGCGAAAUUUCGCCGUGGGCCAGUUACUGCAGCGCGAGCUGACCUUUCCCACCUGCCAGGCGGAUGACACCUACCUCCAGCUGAAGAAAGACCUGGAGUACCUGGACCUCAAGAUAAAAAAUAAUGAACCUUUGAUCAACGUGCUUUACAAAGUGCUGAAGAAGUCAGCACGGGGCUGUCGGCCCAGGAGAAGCAUGACAGGCCGGGACCUGAUCAAAGAUCGAAGUCUGAAGCCCAUGAAAAUCGCCGAGAGCGACAUCGACGUCAAACUGAGCAUCUUCUGCGAGCAGGACCGGGUCCUGCAGGACUUGGAGGACAAGAUCCGAGCUCUCAAGGAGAACAAAGACCAGCUGGAGUCGGCGCUGGAGAUGUUGCACCGACAGACGCAGCAGCCCCGGGAGCAGCCGCAGCCCCUGGAGAAGGUGGCCUACCAGCAGAGGCUGCUGCAGGAGGACCUCGUCCACAUCCGGGCCGAGCUCUCCCGGGAGUCCACCGAGAUGGAGAACGCCUGGAACGAGUACCUGAGGCUGGAGAGUGACGUGGAGCGGCUGAAGGAGGCGCUGCAGGAGCAGCACAGACGAGCCUUCUUUUUCCAGGAGAAAUCGCAGCUGCAGAAGGACCUGUGGCGAAUUGAGGACGUGCUGGCAGGCCUGAGCGCAAACAAGGAGAACUUCAGAGUCCUGGUGGACUCGGUCAAGAAUCCAGAGAGAAAAACGGUGCCUUUGUCCCCUCAUCCGCCUGUGCCUUCGCUCUCGGCUCCCGAGAACAAGCCGCCCCCGCUGCCCAGCCCGCCCACCAGCCCUGCACGGACCCCUCUGGAGGUCCGGCUCUUCCCCCAGCUGCAGCCGUACGUGCCCUACCGGCCUCACCCGCCCCAGCUGCGGAAGGUGACGUCGCCGCUGCAGUCGCCCACCAAGUCCAAGCCCAAAGCCGAAGAUGAGGCGCCCCCGAGACCCCCGCUCCCCGAGCUCUACAGCCCCGAGGACCAGCCCCCGGCCGUGCCGCCACUGCCCCGUGAGGCCACUGUCAUCCGGCACACGUCAGUGAGGGGCCUCAAGCGGCAGUCGGACGAGAGAAAGCGCGACCGGGAGCAGGGCCAGUGCAACGGGGACUCGAGGGUGGAGCUCCGGUCCUACGUGAGCGAGCCCGAACUGGCGGUCUUCGGUGGGGAGGUGGCCCAGCCCUCCCCGGGCCUCGGGGGGCCCGAGAGCAGGUACCAGACGCUGCCCAGCAGAGGUCUCUCGGGGUCCACCUCACAGCUGCAGCAGUCAUCCACCAUCGCGCCCUACGCUACCCUGCGGAGGGGCCUCGGCGCCGAGACCAGCAAGAUGACCUUCCCUAGACCCAAGAGUGCCUUGGAGCGGCUGUACUCAGGGGACCACCCGCGGGGCAGGAUGAGCGCCGAGGAGCAGCUGGAGCGCAUGAAGCGGCACCAGAAGGCGCUGGUCCGGGAGCGCAAGAGGACGCUGAGCCAGGGCGAGAGGCUGGGCCCGCCGCCCUCGUCCCGCCACCUCGGCCACACGCUGCCCGGCGACCUUGGCUCAUGGAAACGCGAGCAGGACUUUGACCUGCAGCUACUGGAACGGGCCGUGCCAGGGGAGAGGAAGGAGCCGGAGGAGAACGGCUGGCUGAAGGUACGCGCCGUCCCCGUCACCGAGCUGGACCUGGAGCCGCAGGACUACGACCUGGACAUCAGCAGAGAGCUGUCCAAGCCCGAGAAGGUCCCCAUCCCCGAGCGCUACGUGGACCUGGACCCCGAGGAGCCGCCCAGCCUGGAGGAGCUGCAGGCGAGGUACCGGAAAGCCGAGAAGAUCCGCAACAUCCUGGCCCGGUCCAGCGUGGGCAGCCUGCAGCCCGCGGCCGGCCAGGACCGCAGCAGCGUGGCGGACGUGGACUCGCAGCUGCAGGAGCAGGAGCGCAUCAUCAACAUCUCCUACGCGCUGGCCUCCGAGGCCUCGCAGCGCAGCAAGCAGGUGGCAGCACAGCAGCUGCCUAAAGCCGCCCUGUCCUCCAGGACGGUGCCGCCCUACCCCCCUUUAAGCAACGGACUUCACUACACCUUUGUCUAACGCUGCAACCCAGGCAGCCACUGACCCGUGAGCCCGCGUGCGGAGGAGACGGCCGGAGCGCGGGCUGCAGAGGACACAGAGCAGGCUGCCAGCCGCAGGGCCCUCGCCAGAGGGGCCGGGUCCCGACUCGACGCCCCCUUCCCCCACUCCCCGCCCCCCUUUAAAAAAAAAAGAAAGACUUGUUUUAGUGCAGAUUCCUUUUUACCUAUGACCAAGGCACUUUUGAUACCUGCUGUAAAAUACUGACCCUGUAUUUUAGAAUCAGAAUCUAUUUUAUCACGUUGACCUCAAGGGCUGAGUGGCCGGGAAGGAUGCGGGCGUGGGGAGCCGCGCGUCCAGAUUCAGGGACCCUUUGGGUUGGCAGGUAGGGAAGGGGCAGAGAGGGAGCCAACAUCGGGGUUGGAUAGUGUGCUCCGGCGGGUGGGGUACAGCACCAGCCUGGGGGUCCCCGUGCCCCCCAACUCCCCGCCAGCUGCAGGCUUCAGCCUCCAGCUGCAGUUGGUGGCGUGGCACAGGGAGAGCCCGUGCCAUGGGCCCAGGGGCCGGGGUGACGCCCCAGCCUGCCCCUCUCAGCAAAGGGCUCUCCUUGGAAGGGGGAAAGCAGGUGGCUUUAAUUCUUAAAAUAUUCCUUGAAACAGAAAAGGUGAGGAAGACCCUUGUAUUGUAUCAUAAGCAAUAAACUCCGCUCUGGGUGGCUUCUCCCUGAAACUUCCCAAUGCCCCCACCGGGAUGGGAGAAGGAUCCAUGGACUCCAGCUGCCAAUCUUGGGGACCCCCCUCUGUUCCCCAGGGUCCAGUGGAGGAGGCAGGUGGAAGAUGACCACCGUGUGGACACCCGGCCAAGAGCUCCAGCCCAAGGUGCCCUGAGGGCUGCCAAGCUGGGGCAGUGCCAUCCAGAGCUCCUGGGCAUCUGCUGACUGGGAGUGACGCUUCCAAGGGAAAGACAAAAAUGAAACGAAACAAAGCAAAACAAAAACACAACCCAUUGGGCAGAGCCCCGCUUUCAGUGAAACUUUGUCUUUGAGUAUGGUCAGAAAGAGAAUCUUGACUAUAUUUAGAAGUUGCUGUCUAUUUUUAACUAACUCCAUAUGCUGCCAGUAUCAACUUCGUGACAUUUGCCAAAAUAAGAUUUUAUUUUUGCCUUUAUAAGAUUUUGUUGGGGGAAAUAAAUGAAUAUUUUGCAAGAAAAAAUUAAUUUAAAUAAAAGUGUAAUGGUUUGCAAAAAAAAAAUGAUGUACAGAUUAAAGUAUCAACCUAAUCUGCUUCCUGCUG